GGAGUGCUUCUAUUCAUAAUUGCGUAUAAAAUAGGGCUGUUAAGAUCUUUUCCGCGUUUGAGAUACGCGGCUUCGAUAUUUGGAGAUAUACCUACAAGUCAACGUCGAAAUCGACCAGGGCACCCCCUUAAGAAUAGAUGGGAAACCAGCAAUGGAUUUCUUGGGUUGAUAACUGUGUUAUAUGACUACGGUGCAUGCCACGUGUAAACAAAUUUACCUCCGUAUUUUCAAGUAUUAUUAGUACUAUCACGUGCAAAAUUUCUUAAACUUUCAUAAUGAGUACCCCGGUCUUAUCCAAAAAGCAACAAAAAAAAGCACUAUCUGGAAAGAAGGCUCCGGUUAAAGGGUUGAGGAAUGUCUUGGCCCAACCUUAUGAAUUUUGUUGGCCAAUUCUAAGAACCGACUUUGGGGAUUUGACAACUUUGCUAGAAACAACAAUGCCAGCCAUCAGACGAUCAUCGCUCAAUCUACCAUGGUCCCAUUUGGGCAAGAUGAAAAAGGCAGAAAGACAAGCAGCCAGGGAGGAAGCACGAAGAAAACUGGACACACCUCUUCCAGAUCAGAAUAUUCUAAACAGUAUCGUCGUCGGUGUUAACGAAGUUACACGAUUAUUGGAAAGAGAUGAUGCAUGUUGUGUAAUACUGGAGUCUAAUGUCGAGCCAAUGCUUCUCAUAAAGCACAUUGUUACCAUGGCAGACUUGAAAACCAUCCCAGUAAUUCUUGUCCCUUUUCUGAAAAGUGUGACGCUAGAAACAGUUGGAUUUGCGUGUGCUGCUAUUGCUUUAAAGACAGUAGCCCAGUCAGAAUAUCAUCAUUUUCAUCAUUUGUACAAAAAGGUAUUUGAAUUGGCAACAAACUUCCACAGGAGUCGACCGCUAAAACUGGAGUUCGAAAAACCUACUGACAGCAAUUCAUUCAUAGAUGAAACUAUUAUGAAUAUUGAAAAUUCUCACCAUAAACACACCGCGCAUUCUGAUAAAUCAUUUACUCUGUCAACUGAUGUAUAUAAGUACAGAGAUUCACAGAAACAGAGGGUAUUCGUACCUCAAAGUUCAAAUACAUCUGACAUUGUUACAGAAAGUUCAGACACUAAUUAUAUAAGCAUAGGCAAAGAUACAGAUUUUACAACCAAUGAUGUUAUUUAUAUAAAAAAUAAACUAAAAACUAGGUAUGUUAAUAUACACGAGAAUAAAAGAAAGGAUGUUCCAAAUUUGAAAGGUGAUAGUUCGCAGCUAGGUGAAUACAUGUCCCCAGACACUGAUUCAAGGUUACAUGGACCACCAGUUGAUCAAGUAUAUGAAAUGCGCAAUGAUUCCUUAUCUGAAGGAAAAUCUGAAAUUGAAGGUAUUAGUCAAGAGAUCUCAUUAAAUUUCAAGAGUGAUAAGACACAUAUAAAAUCCGAUAAAUUCAAUGAAAACUUCAGGUAUAAGUCGCUCAAAGUGAAACGAAUUCAGGGAAAUACUAAACGAGUUAAAGCAACUAAGCUGCCCAAGAAAAAUAAGAAAUAAAAUC